AUGCAGGAAGAUAUCUCUGAAUCUAUUCGUGACCGCCUCUCGCACCUAACACUGCACGAUCUGCUGGUCUGUGUCGUACGGGCGCCUAAACCGGAUUGGCUACCAGACAACAACAAGAUCGAAUACCUUGCUUAUGUCAAGCUGGCCUCACACGAAUUCAAAUUACUGAUUGCGGGUGAACCUGCUGACGACAGAUCCUCGGCAUUGGACAUGCUUUUAUGGAGCAUCAAAGCGAGAAUCGCCCUCAAGUUCUACGUACCGGAAAGAUUCACAACCAGCUUGUUUUGGUAUGCCACCAGUAUUUCCUAUAGUUCGCCGAUGACCCGAUAG